AUGGAUCCACGAACCAACAUGGACGGCUUGGGAUACGACAUGAACUCUUUCACAGCUCAGCAGCCGCCGCAAAUAUUUGGCGCUUAUGAUCACAAUGGCUCCCCCAUGGGCCCGAUGGCCUACCAAGGGGCAUACUUCGGCGAUGGAAUGGACGGACUGGAUGACUCAGAUCCAAAGCGGAGGCGUAUAGCAAGAAGACUGAUCGGGUGCUACAGGUGCCGGAAAAAGAAGAUCAAGUGUGACGGAAAGCUUCCCAAAUGCUCGCACUGCACAAACUACAAGACCGAGUGUGUGUUCACCCAGGUCGAGAAGAAAAGGAAUCCGCCGAAAGGCGCGAAAUACAUCGAAGGGCUCGAGAACCGCCUCGGCCGCAUGGAAUCGUUAUUGAAAAUGUCCGGCCUAUUGACGGAGGAGGAAGCUGGUCGCACUGACCUUGGGACCUUGGAAAAGCGUUUAGCUGACAAGGCGUCCUCGUCCGCCGCCAGAACCGAGUCACCGAAGCCUACCAGAAGCGGAGGCAGCUCGACAUUGAAUGCCACAGACUCUCAGCAGCACACGCCGAGCCAGGAUGUCCAAUCCAGCCCGCAGGAGUCGGCAACAUCACCGACAACUGACGGUAACGACGAUAAGAAAAGAGAGGAGGUCGAGAACCUGUCUGAUAUGAUGUGCUCCCUGGUUACCAAUAAUGUUGGAGAGACGCGGUAUAUUGGGUCGUCCUCGGCCUUCUCUAUCUUCUCUAGUAAAGGUAUCGAAUGGGUCAACCAGAAGACAGGCGACGCUUCGUUUCAAGACACCAUCCAGAAUGCCGUCAACGAAGAAGAGAACAAGUGGAUGUAUUGGAAACCUGAGAUCUUCGGCGAUAUCUUUGUACGCCGCGUCUUUAAGCCUCUGCCGCCCAAAGAGGAAGCACUUUCUUUGUUCAAGGACUUCUUCGAGAACUUCAAUUGCAUGUUCCCGCUCUACCACGAACCGACAUUCAUGCAUCUCGUCGACAAGCAGUAUUCCCGAGAUCCGUACGAAGGCAGCGGUUGGUGGGCCAGCAUCAACGUUGCGCUCGCUAUCGCCUAUCGAAUCCGCGUCAUGAGCAAUGUCGUUCCACAAGAAGACGAUCAGAAAGCAUGGCUAUAUCUCAAGAACGCCAUGGGAGUACUCACCGAGCUGACCCUCAGAAAUACGGACCUCCUUAGCGUUCAGGCUUUGCUGGGAAUGGCGCUCUUCCUCGGCGGCACGCCCAAUCCUCAACCCUCGUUCUUCCUCAUCUCGGCCGCCAUUCGCCAGUCCCAUAGUAUUGGUCUUCACAAGCGAGGGUCAGCAUUCAACCUCAACCCCAUCGAAGCUGAACAGAGGAAAAGGGUGUUCUGGAUUGCGUAUAUGCUGGACAAAGAUACCUGUCUACGAUCCGGCCGCCCACCAGCACAAGACGACGACGACAUGAACGUCGAAUUGCCCUCCAAUGACCCUCCUGACAACAUUGGCAAUAUCCCUCUCGAGGGCGGGGGCAAAGUCAAUCUCUUCCGCCUCAUGUGCGAGUUUGCGAUCAUCAGCAGCAAGGUCUACCGCCGCCUCUACUCAGUGCAAGCAUCGAGACAAACCGAUGGCGAACUGCUUAACACUAUUGGUGAGAUCGACAAGGAGCUCGAGGCCUGGAAGGACAGCAUUCCUCUCGACUUCAGACCUGAGCACGAGAUCAAGACGUCUCAUACUCCGCUUAUUCUUCAUAUUGUGGUGCUACAUUUCUCGUAUUACAACUGUCUCACAACCAUACAUCGGAUGUCGGUGCAUCACGGAUACUGGACAAGUCGACUAUCGGAGUACGCCAUUCAAGGUCUGAAUGCUCGACCACUGAAUCCCCGAGUCUUCUCGUCAGCAGCUCUUUGCGUUGCUGCCGCCCGAGCCUCGAUACAUCUCAUCAAAUACAUUCCUCAAGGCGACUUUGCUUGCGUGUGGCUCAUCAUCUACUUCCCGGUAUCGGCGCUCGUCACGAUUUUCGCAAAUAUCUUGCAAAAUCCACAGGAUGCCCGCGCCCGGGCUGACAUCAAAUUGAUGGACCUGGUCGUGAACUUCCUGACCAACGUUGUGGCCGACGAGGGCAGCGGCUCGCUGAAGCGCAUGCUCAGCAUAUGUGCCGAAUUUGCUCGCAUUGCGCGCAUUGUCAUUGAGAAGGCGGAGAAGGACGGCUCGCGCAGAAAGAGGAAGGUCAAUGCAGAUGAUCUUCAGCGGUCAGGCCAGAGUGCCAUGGCUCAAGCUCAGGCCCAGAUCAACGGACGAGCACGGCCAAACACGCCAAACAAGCAGCAAGGGACUACAGGAUCUCGCUCCGGAAGCAUUUCCGGCCAAGCUAACGGACAGAGUGGAUCGCCCUUUAACAACCAACAAGCUGCUGCGCAGGACCAGAAUGCGUUCGACGCCGGACGGACGUUCUUCGGCACCCCAGACUUCAACUCGGAAUAUCAGGACGUUCUGCAGCCGAACAACCUCAGCCCCAACGUCGAUGGAUCCCAGCAGCUGCCGAGUUCGACCAUGUCACCACUGGGCAUGGGUGGCGCCUUCCAACAACCUUUCCUGCCGCAGGAUCUUUGGCAGAUGCCAAUGACCUUUGAAUGGGACUGGGCGGAUUUCUCAAAUACGCCGUACCACGAUUUCCUGCCACCUGACGGCAUGAGCAACCCGACACAAUAA